GUGAGAGAGAGGGAGGGGGGACGAAGGGAGGAUGCUACCAAGCUAAAAAAUGGCUGCUAUAGCAGCGUCUUCGCCCUGAUGCCGGGAGGAGAAAUAAAGAUGGAGUGCGAAGCUUUAACAACAUGAUCGACAGAAGGCACGGAGACGAAAAGUGACAGACGCAGAAGCGCAGUGUCGGGCUGUCGGGCGGGGGACGUGCGGCGGCGCGGUUGGUAGCGACAUGGAAGAGGAUUUCACUGUCCGUGUCCGAGCAGUGGUAAUGACUCGAGAUGACUCCAGUGGUGGAUGGGUGCCAAUGGGUGGUGGAGGAUUAAGCCAUGUGACAAUCUGUAAGGGGAAAGGCCAUGAAGAGAGCAGCCAACAGGACUACCUGAUCCGAGGCGAGAGACUCCGAGACCAAGCCCCAAUACUGGAAUGUAAUGUGAAGCGGGAUCUGGUCUACAACAAGGUGAAUCCGAUCUUCCAUCACUGGAAAGUAGACGAGAGAAAAUUUGGGUUAACCUUCCAGAGUCCAGCAGAUGCUGUAUCCUUUGAAAGGGGCGUCCAGAGUGCCAUUGAGGAACUGGAAGAUGGGUCAGAAUCAUCUUCUACCAAUCCAGAUGAAAAUGAAGGUGCCGAUGAAACCAGAGGAACACAUACAGACAGUGAGUCAUCCUCCAACAGCAGGAAGGAGAUGCUGCCCAAGCAUGUCACCAUAGUAACCAGUGAAUCAUCGUCCAGCUGCUAUGUACGCUCUCCUGCCUCAGAGGAGUAUGGGUAUGGGAGUCCAACAGCUAGCAUGGCAUCUACACAGAUCAGGCCACUGCAACGCCAAGGAGUCAUUGGUUCAGCUCUCUCUUAUCAUGACGAGGAAGAGUUAGAGAGCAUCAACCCCUGCAAAGACUUGUGGGUAACCAAAGGUUAUGAAGACUACAGGAGGGCUGCAGUGCAGCAGAAGGGGCAGAAACCAAUCAGUUCCACCCAGGAUCCAGACAAGAUUGACUUGUGUGUUGUCCAGUUCGAGAAAGGAAGUAGUGAGUCAGCCUCUACAAAGGGGAAGCAUGGGACCAGUGGGCUGCCCAGUCACACUACGACUUCACAUCAUCUGCAUCACCACCAUCACUGCCCUAGCACUGGACUUGAAGCUGGGCUCAAGGAUCCAAAAAUGGGCUCAAGCAGCAGAGGAUCUGGGUCUCCCUCCCAUUGCCGAAUUCAUGGGGGUGCCAUAUCAGGAUCUGUGGGAUGUAGGACCAAGGGCAGUAGGGUGGGGGGGUCGGUCAUUGCAGGUGAAGAGGAAAGCAGCAUUUCUGGGGGUCCUCCCUCCAGAUGUGUUUAUUGUAGGGACGUUUUCAGUGAUGAGGAGAAUGGACGUGGGCAAUGCCAGGAUGCCCCAGACCCCAUGCAACAUUGCAUUCACCAGCUGUCUUGCAUGUGGUGUGCAGAGAGCAUGCUCUACCACUGUAUGUCAGACUCUGAAGGGGAGUUCUCAGAUCCCUGCUCCUGUGAGGACACUACCCAUCCACACUUCUGUGCCCGCUGGCUGGCGCUGGUGGCGCUCUCACUUUUGGUGCCAUGUAUGUGCUGCUAUCUGCCCCUCAGGGCUUGCCUGCGAUGUGGUGAGAAAUGUGGCUGCUGCGGUGGCAAGCACAAGGCUGUGCGGUGAGAGUAGUGCAGGCUGGGAAAGGACUAUCAAGACUGGACCCCCCAGACUCUUGAAAGCUCCUACAGGAAAGUCCUGAAGAUUCUUGUCGGGUGGGUUGAAGGAUUGUACAAGUCUCCACAUCUCCUUGUCUUCAGAGUGCUAAGGCCCUUUGUUCAUACAAUUCAACUUUGCAUUUGUUAGAGCUUUCAAUUUUCCUGAAAGUUUAUGAAAGGUAAGAUGGUCACAUGUCUUGCAGGGAUCUCCUUAUGUUCUCCGCUGGUCGGCUGCAGAAGUGGACAGGUCAGCAACAACACCUAACCCUCCCCAUGCCUCAGUACUCCACAGGUGGGCUGCUGGAAUCUGCCCGCCUGCCAACUCCAAUGAGGCCGUCACCAUCGACAUGCUUAGGCAAUGCCAAUCCAUACUCCCUUGAACCCCACCCCUCAUACACUUGCUGCAGCUGGACAGUGAAAGUCCACGUGUUAAAGAGGUGAAGAAUUUCAGGUCUUUGCAGCUUUGUCUGGCUGCAGCCUAGGGCCACCACUGUGGGCAUGUGAAUCUCCUGACCAAUCAGUCUAAUUUGUCCUUUUACUUGUUAACCGCUUGAAUCAACUAUUUAUUGAAUUAUUUAUUUAUAUAUGGUCUACUGAGUAAUUUAAUUUGAUUAUUUUUUAAUCAUGCACUAAUUUAAUAAGUAUUUAUUAUUUUUGUUAAUUGCCUUGAAAAGGACUUGCUUGUUAAUUGCUUUAUUUAUUUUACAUUUAAUUUGAUCAUUUCUAUUUAUUUGUUUUUACAGAUCUAUCUCACUUUCUUAUUUAUUUUAUUGGGUAUAUUUUUCCCCACUGAAGUCUUACCUUGUGCGAGAUAAUGUUCACUGGCCCCAUCGUUGUGACCACGUGGGCUCAGGGGGUCUCACUUUGUGUCCAAGAUGUGGUGGACUGAAGCUUUCGUCACCCUGUUCUCAGGCUGGGUGCACCCAAGGUGUACAGCUCCUUCAUGCUUUUAUUUUCUGAGAAUCCACAUUAAAACAGAUAGCAGAUGUACUCCUUGACAUUUGGUUCCUGUGCCUGUUUCAUUUCUUUCGUUCACAGGACAAACCCCUCAGUGUCAACCCUGGCUUCAACUGUAACAAAUGGUCUUUGUUUUUGUCAAGGAAAGUUCCCUUUUGACGAACAUAAAGCCUGCUUAUUUUGAAUCAAGUCUGUUAGUAUGUUAAUUAAACCUGGUUUAUUUUAAUAAAAGAUAUUUAUUUCUAUAUUUUUAAUGUUAAUUAAAACAAACUGGGCUUAAUUAAAGUCAGAUUGCUUUGUCAAUUAUACCCAAUGUAUUUAAAUUAAAGUUACAGAAUUUUAUUAUU